AUGGUCAAACCAUUGACAUUCAAAGGCGACAAGAAAGUGAGGAAGAGAAAGCGCGUCGACGUGGCAGAGAAGUUUGGAGAUGAGGAUGGCUCCUCGUCAAAGCAAGUUGCGCUAUCUAAGGCCGAUGAGGACCCCGCUGUGGAUGGCGAUAGCUGGGUAACGGCAGAAGCUACAGGAGACGUCGUUGGGCCGAUUGUCCUGGUGUUGCCCUCAGAUCCACCAAGCUGUAUAGCAUGCGAUACGAAUGGCAAAGUAUUUGCAAGCGCAUUGGAGAAUAUUAUCAAUGAUGACCCUUCCACGGCAGAACCACACGAUGUUCGACAAGUCUGGGUUGCCAAUAGGGUGGCAGGCACGGAGACAUUUAGCUUUAAGGGUCACCAUGGAAGGUACCUGAGUUGUGACAAGUACGGCAUCCUGUCAGCCAACACAGAGGCUGUAUCACCAUUCGAAUCCUUUCUCUCCAUACCUACGGCGGACACACCUGGAACAUUUCAGAUUCAAACUCUACGAGAUACGUUCCUCACGAUCAAGCCUUCUAUAUCGUUGAAAUCUAGUGCGCUUCCUGAAGUUCGAGGCGAUGCGGAAGCCAUUACUUUCAACACCACAUUCCGGAUACGAAUGCAAGCACGAUUCAAGCCGAAACUGAAGGCAUCGAAAGAGGAGAAGGCAAGAGAGAAAAUUAGUAAGAAGGAGCUAGAGGAGGCUGUUGGCAGAAGGCUUGACGAUGACGAGGUCAGGAAGCUGAAGAAGGCAAGGAGGGAGGGGGACUACCACGAAGCGUUGUUGCUUAUCAAGGUUAAGAAUAAGCACGACAAGUACAGCUAA